GACCGACGCGACCUACGCGUCUGUCGGAGGAGGCUGCGGUCCGUGCGAGUGCCAGUGUAGAGGAUAUUAAACAGCAGACGACUAUACAAUAGGUUUCAUAAUCUUGUGAGGCGUUGCGAAGCCUCUGAGUAUGAUUCAUUUGUAAAUCCCCAUUAUGUCGGACGACAGAAGUGAGAACUUCGCCGCUUCGCGCUUCGUCAGUCUCCUGGAAAGUGCUGCAGCGGAGCGUGCGGUCGUGGAGCAGGACUUGCGGUCGCUGGAAACUCACAGCUCAGAACCUCUGAGAGAUGAAAUCUCGAGCGUGGAAAAUGAACUUGCUGCUCUGAAAACAAGACAAAACGGUGCUUUAGAUGAUCUUCACACAUUGAAGGCUGCGGCUGACAGUCUGCAGACCCAAUCUGAACAGUUCGUGAAAGCAAACGAAGAAGCUUCUACGAGAAUUAUAGACCUUUCAACAAAAAUUUUUCAGGAAAGGUCUUCAAGGCUUCAGAAAUUGACCACUUUUGAGCAGUAUAUCAAUGGGAUUCAUAACGCGUUGGAAAAAAUUGUAUGGACUCCAGAGGCUCUUGAAAGGUUGGCAGCAACCCUGAGGAUGCAACUGCCAGAGUUAGAGCAGCGUUCUGCAUGCUUGGAUUCGCAUCGAGAGAGCAAACGGGCUGAGCUGGAUCAGUUGCAGGGGCAGAGCACUAACUGCUCGGCAGAAGAUGUUGCAUUUAAACCUGAGGAGCAGCAAGCAAUCCUACAAAUCUUCAGAGAAGAGGUCAGCAAACUUCAGACUAUGCUUAGGCGUCUCACAUUGCAGAAAAAGCACUUGAAGGAAGAGGUUGAUCGUCUUUCACGUAUGGGUAGUUAGCUCACCAUAAAUGACCAUGCCCAACAUGCCAAAGAGCCUGUGAUAACUGCCACUAAUCGCACUAUACCUGGUGUACCUUAAUUUAUAGUCAUAUACAUGACCUUGCUGAACUAUUUUACUUUCUAUAGAUUGAUGUAGCACUCAACUUUUGUUUUAUUAUACGUCAUGGAAAAUUACCAUGAUGAAUGAAAUAAAACAUUCCAGCAAA